GCAGCAAGCAGUAAAGUAACAGAGAACUGAGAAGAAAGCUGAGUGCUAACAAGACAAGAACUUUAACACAAACAUGACUUCAGAAAAUCCAGUGUGUGAUCUGAAGAUUGUGUUGCUGGGUAAAUCUGGAGCAGGAAAAAGUGCAACAGGAAACACAAUACUAGGCAGAAAUGAGUUUGAAGUGACUCAUUUUGUAAAAUCAACCAAUAAAAUGAGUGAGGAACAGAAGGCAGUUGUGGGUGGAAACACCAUCUCUAUCAUCGACACUCCAGGACUGUGUAACACAUUAAAAACUGGAGAGGAGCUGAAAGCAGACAUCGUGAAGUGUAUCUUCACAUCUUCUCCUGGUCCUCAUGUGUUUCUGCUGGUCAUCAAACUGGGUGUGAGAUUCACUAAAGAAGAAAGGGACACAAUGAAGUGGAUUCAGGAGAACUUUGGAGAAGAAGCUUUGCACCGGACCAUUAUAAUAUUUACUCACACAGAUCUGCUGAAGGGUACAGCUUUGGAUGAGUAUAUUGGGAAAAGCCAGAAUCUAAAGAAUACAGUUGACAGCUGCUGUGGUAGUUAUCACGCAUUCAACAAUGACGACAAAAACAAUCAAGAUCAGGUCACAGAACUGAUGGAUAAAGUCAUUAAGAUAAAAGAAGAACACAGUCAUUACACCUAUGAGAUGUUCAAACAGGCUCAAAUAAAAAAGACGCACAAAAAGACAAACUUUAAAAAUGUAUAUACGUUUGCAUUGAUAGGAACUGGAAUUUGUGCAUUAGUUUUAUACAGGGUAGGAACGGAAAGAACAGUUGGAACACUGUUAGCAGCUGCACAAGAAGCAAUAGCAAAAGUUGUAGAAACAGCAGGAAUAGUUGUUCUAACAGCAGGAAAAGAUCUACAAACAGCAGGGAAAGUUAUUAGAGGAACAGCAGAAAAAGUUGUACAAACAGUUAUACUUGAAAAAGUCACAGUACUAAGAGAUGCAGAAAAAAUAGUUAUAUUAGUUACAGAAGAACUAGUACUAGUUGAAACAACACCAGUUAUAAUAGUUACAAUGGGACUACUAGGAAAACACUGUAAAAACAUGAGGAAAUGGCUGGAAAAAAAGUUAAGACCUGCAAAAUUCUGUUAAAUGUUGUAAAACGCUAAAAAAAAAACACUUUGCUGUAAAAAAAACAGUUUGUUGUGGUAAACGAUGAAUUUCAUGAGAUUUAAUUUACAUAUUAAGUGUUUGAAGUCCUGUUACAUGUAAGAGUAAUAUAGUUUUGCUGGACGUAAACGAAUCAAGUUCACUUCACAACGCUGCGCUGCGUUGCGUAAAGUAAAACAAAAUGCAAGAUAACACCAAUUACAGUUACACUUGAUUUCUUACUAAGCACAACUUAAACAAACACUGAUCACAAUAAUGGUGACUUUCAAUGAAUCCACAUGAAAACCAUAUGACUGAAACUUUGUAUUACUGUCCUUUUUGUGAUUUUUUCCUUGUUAUAUUCCUUAACUUUCUUUGGAUUAAAGCAUCUGCUAAA